UCCAACACAAUAGUGAGUGCAGAGUAAGCAGUGGUCUAGCAUCAGUAUGUGUGUGUGUGGAACAUGCUAGCACUCAGCCUCAAUGCACUCUAUUCGUAGGGAUUUUCUUUUGACAGUACCUUUUCCCUUUUCUCCCUCUCCUUUUCCAUUAGUCGUUUUUGUGCCAUUCCUCUGCAUUAUGGGUUCAGGGAGCAGAAUUAAGUUUGCCAUUUGUGAAGUACUGCAGUUUGCCGCCUUCUGUGUACCAUUUUUUAUUGUGAUGCAGCGCUUCGCCUUCAUUCUAGCACAAGCGAAGAGACAGAUGCAGCCCUCUGGUGGAAACUCUAGCAUGGCUUACUGGUUGAUUGUGUCUUCGUCUGUUGCCUAUCUAACAACCGUGGCACUUCUGGUGUGGCUGCCAAUUAAGUACAUGGUGUUCAUGAAGAAGAAAGCCCUGGUUGGGAGAAAGAAGUGGAGACCUGUUGCUCUGGUUUAUGUGCUGCUCUCCACACUGCCCACCUUUGCAUUCCUAAUAGCCAGUUCUGAGGUGCAGAUUAGAAAUGAGAUGAAAUUUGAUACAUUCACUGAGUUACCCGUGUCUUUGGUCCUAUUUUCACUCAUCCUCAUUGACAUUGUUGAAAGAAUCCGUCACUGCAGACUCACUGGCCGGGCGAAUGAAUUACACCGAAAUGCAGACAUCCCAACCCUCAACAUUGAGAUGAUGAUGCCAAUAGCCACUACAGCCACUGGGCCAUCUCCAGCAGCAGCAAAUGCUAGUAUGGGGCAAAUACAAAAUGGAGCAAGGGCAACUAAUGGCCCCACUACAAGGUUACCUGGAAGAACUUCAGUUACUGGGUUAGCAGGCAAUGGGAUGGUCACUGGGUUACCCACCAGUGGGGGAAUUACCGGGAUUCCAGUCAACACGACAGGCCCAGCGGUGCCCAACAAUGGAGUACUAUCAGGCAAUAACCAGAGGCAACCAUAUACUAUACCUGUGAUUUGUCCAAGCACUGGCCUACCAUUAAGAAAUUUUGAUUAUGCCACUGCAUACGCAGGGCCACUCCGCUUUUUGCUAGCAAGCGACAUGCGUGCUGAAGCCUUUGCUGAUAGCUUCCUGUUCUGGUUGGACACAGCUGAAAUGGUCCGAGUUGUAAAUCACACCGCUGUCUACUUCUCAGGUUGGGCUUUACCAGUGUACCUCUUCAGCUAUCUUUCAAUGCUGCGACUGGCUCUAAUGCCCCACAGUCCCAUUCUCUCACCACUGGGGGUGGCCCUACAGGACCUUCCCUUCCUUGUUUUGAGAGUGGCCCUUCUAGCCAUUUUCGGGUUUGUCACACCGGUCCUGUUUGUGAUGAAGAACCUCUUGGUGUGUUUAGCUUACAUUUACUUUAACUUCAUGACCAGGCUUAAAGUUUUCAACACUGAGAGGAUGUUCUGACUGGAGUAAGGAUACAGUGAACUGAACAGCUGAGGAAAAUCUAUUACAGACAGUCUGAACUGCAGUAGUAGUAGAUACAAUACUGUUGCAUAUACCGCCAUUACAAAAAACAUAAAUGGCCUUAAUAAUAUAUAAUAAAAACUUAAUGAAUGACUUAAUGUGUAAGGAAUUGACAGUGCCAUAAGAUCUGUGUUUAUAAGAGAGAUAAGAACUGAAAUCUCAUUUGCUGCACUUUAAGUUUGUUUCGAAUGAUAUGAGUUAAUUCUUAUUUCAUGUUUAUCUUAAUUUUCAUGUAGAUGAAAUGUCUGUAUGUGAAUAGAUACCUUCAAUUACACCUGUACCCUUUUCUCGAAAAAUACUUACUA